CUGUGCUCGAUAUUGAGGACUUAAAAUCAAUAUUAGAUAAUAUUUUGCAAGAGGAUUUGAAAAUUAUGUCCUACUUAAACUUAGGACGUGUAAAUAAAUAAUCUAAGAUGGUGAAAUACAUUUCAUUUUUAGAUCCUUUGCGACAAGAAGAAAUAAAUAUGUUUUACGACGCUGCUCAAAUGCAAAGAGAUUUCUAUAGAGGAUAUCCAAAAGCUUAUCAUCCUUUAACUUACUUCCUUGAUUCUGACUACCUUUACCAGUGCCCACCAGAGAUGACUUAUGCGUAUCUGAACUACCCAGCAUUCCACGUGAAAUACAAGCAACCAGUUAGCUUGCCUCCGACGACAGCACGUACCUCUGGCUUUCCUCCAUUACCAGAACGCACUGUGGCUGGCCGCUUUAAUAAGGCUGCUUGCAUGGCUUACAAGAGAUAACCUUAUUGAUUCAAAAUUUUCUUUCA